AUGCCGUAUCACCCACAAACUAGUGGGAAAGCUGAAGUUUCAAAUCGUGAAAUUAAGUCCAUUCUGGAGAAAACUGUCAAUACUACAAGAAAAGAUUGGAGCUUCAGGCUUAAUGACGCACUUUGGGCGUAUAAAACGGCGUACAAGACACCAAUUGGUAUGUCUCCAUAUCGUUUGGUGUAUGGCAAAGCCUGUCAUCUCCCUGUUGAACUUGAGCAUAAGGAUUUUUGGGCGGUAAAAACGUAUAACAUGGAAUAUGAUGAAGUUGGGAAACAGAGGAAGCUACAAGUCAAUGAGCUGGAGGAAAUACGUAAUGAUGCUUACGAGAGCUCUCUUGAAAUCUCUAGUCCCAAAACUGGGAAAAGUUUCAAGAUCAACGGCCAUAGACUGAAGCCAUACUACGAGAACUUCACUACAAUGGAUGUAGAUGAGAUUGAGCUUCGUUAUUUUCUCCCUCUGGAGGAGUAA